CUCGCUAACCUCGAUCUAGCAAUCCCUUCACUCUCUCGGCAAAAUGGCAGCCGAUGAAGAAUCAACCACUUCCAAGAAGCUGAUCAAUGAUCCUUUAGAUGCGGUAGAUGAGGCUUUAGAAGGUAUCGUUUUAGCCAAUCCUGGGUUAAAGUUACUAAAGAAUCAUCGGGUUAUUAUCCGAGAGGAUGUGAACGAAAUACGAAAGGCAGGAAAGGUAACCCUCAUCUCAGGAGGUGGAAGCGGUCACGAGCCAUCGCAUGCCGGAUUUGUUGGAAAAGGGAUGUUGACAGCGGCUGUGGCUGGAGCUGUUUUCACUUCUCCACCAACGAAAUCCAUCCUUGCUGCAAUAAGAGCUGUUGGACUCGGUAACAGGGGAGGAACGCUAUUGAUUGUGAAGAAUUACACUGGCGAUAGGUUGAAUUUCGGAUUUGCCGCUGAGAGGGCGAAGGCCGAGGGGAUAAAAGUCGAUAUGGUGGUGGUUGGUGAAGACUGUGCUCUCACUAGUAAGGACAAGACAGCAGGAAGGAGGGGGCUUUGUGGAACUGUUCUGAUCCACAAGAUUGCAGGUUCACUGGCUGAGGAAGGCAAAUCUCUCGAGGAAAUCUCACAAGUAGCCAAGGCCGCAGCCCAAGCCAUGGGUACCAUUGGUGUUAGUUUGGCUCCAUGCAGUCUCCCAGGAUCUUUGCCAUCCUUUGUAUUGGGCAGUGAUGAGAUGGAGUUAGGACUGGGUAUACAUGGAGAACCUGGUGUCAAGAGGGUGAAGCUUGAAAAGGCAGACCAAGUUGUCAAAACCAUGAUUGACCACAUGUCAGAUGUUCAGAGUGGUGCAACAUACAAGCUCGGUCUAAAGAAGGGUGACAGGGUGGCUCUUGUAGUAAAUAAUCUUGGAGGAACAUCUGUUCUGGAGUUAAACAUUGUUGCAAGGGCAGCCAUAACAUACCUUACUCAAGGGAAAGAGGUGAAAGUUGAUCGAGUUUAUGUUGGAAGUUUUAUGACCUCAUUAGAAAUGGCUGGAGUAUCAAUCACUUUGCUUCACUUGGACAAAACUAGGGUGGAUUGUUUGGAUCAAAGCACAACUGCACCAGCAUGGCCACGAGUUUCAGUAUCUACAAAUUCAGGCUUUAUGAGAACUGACAAGCAGCUUCUUGAAAUUCCCAUGAAUGCAGCAGAAGAAAAAAAGGAGACUUCCUCAGAAAAGCUGACCGCACUAGGGGAAAAGGUCUAUGCCGUUAUUAGUCAUGUAACUAAUGCCCUCAAUGCUGCUGAGAGUAAUCUGAAUGAACUGGAUAACCUUGCUGGCGACGGAGACUGUGGGACCACCCUUUCUCGGGGAGCCUCAGCCAUAAAGAAAGCCUUAGGAACACAGGAUGCCCCAGGUUUGCCAUGUAACCAUCCAGAAAAGCUGUUGUUAUCACUUGCCAGUUUGUGUGAGGAUCAUAUGGGUGGAAGUUCUGGCGUGUUCUACAGCCUCUUUCUCACGUCUGGAACAGUUCAUCUCAGGGGUGACUCAGCCGCAAAGUCCUGGGCUCGAGCUUGGGAGGCUGGUGUCCAGGCCAUCAUGAGGUAUGGCGGAGCGGAGCCUGGGGACCGUACAAUGCUCGACGCGUUGCACCCGGCAGGAUCAACUUUGAUCUCAGAGCUCGAUUCAGGUGUUGACCCAUUGGAGGCAGUGGAAAAGGCUGUGGAGGCUGCUGAGCUGGGUGCCCAGUCUACCUCCGCCAUGUCAGCCCGAGCCGGUCGAUCCAGUUACGUUAGUGAAAAGCACUUGAAUAAGCCAGACCCAGGAGCAUUGGCCGUGACGGUCUGGUUCCGGGCGGCUUUUAACGCUCUGAAAAAUUAGGAGAUAAUUGUAAGGUAUGCGCUGUUUGGUCGUUGCUCGGGGGGAUUUUAUUUGUAGUCUGAUUUCCAGUUAAAUACAAUGCUGCACCUGUUUAAAUAUUAUUUAACUAAUACUUUCAGCAAACCAGUUACUUGUUAUAAACCGCUCUGCUCACAUUUCACAAGAGAUAUUUGGUUAGAAUUUUUACGCGUAAUUAUUUCCUUUUUGCACUUGGCUUUGCAAGAGGAGGGACUGGUACACUAUUGACUAAAUCCACUGGAUGCCCUGACAAAGUUAAAUGACGUUUAUUAACUCCUUUGGAUUGAUAAUUUGGAUUGGCUAUCUUGUAAAGAAAUCUCUUAAAACAUCAAAUGCCUGUUUCCAUCAGGAACAUUCUUUUGGAACCUAAAAUUUUUGCGCCAGGAAUUUUGAUGAUACUUCGUUGGACAAGAUGAUAUGGAAAGAUAAUUAAUUAAAUGUUUCCUGACCUUCGGUAGCAAUAUAUGUAAUAUUUAAGGAGAUUUAAAUAGCAUAAGCGAAAGAGAAUUUAGUCUUUUAUAUUGAGAUGUUUUUAUAUCAAAUGGUAUGAAAUGAAUUUAUAGCGAUAUCGACUUCAAUUAAUAAAUCAC